CAGGCAGCAGCCCACGCGCAGGCGGCGAAGCAGGCGCCCCGCCCCGCGCGCGACGCCGCCUGCUGCCCUCGCCGCCGACGGACGCCUCCUCCCCGGCGCAGUCCACAGGAACGGCGGCCAGCCUCCAGGCAUAAAAGCCUGCAACAUCGUGCUCCCUCCCCUGCCGCCACCGCCCCCCGACCACAGGAGGUGAAGCGACAGGCGAGUGGGAGGAGAGAUGUCGGGGGGAGUCGCCGCGGGGAAGAAGGUGACGGUCGCCGCCGUGCAGUUCGCCUGCACCGACGUCGAGGCCGAGAACGUCGCCGCCGCGGAGAGGUUGAUAAGAGAAGCUCAUAAGAAAGGAGCAAACAUUGUCCUCAUUCAGGAAUUGUUUGAGGGGCACUACUUCUGUCAAGCUCAAAGGCUGGAUUUCUUUCAGCGUGCUAAGCCUUAUAAAGGGAACCCAACUAUAAUCAGGUUGCAGAAACUUGCAAAGGAGCUAGAAGUUGUAAUACCUGUCAGCUUUUUUGAAGAGGCAAACAAUGCUCAUUACAAUUCAGUAGCCAUUAUUGAUGCGGAUGGCACUGAUCUUGGCCUGUACCGCAAAUCACACAUUCCAGAUGGACCAGGUUAUCAAGAGAAAUUUUAUUUCAAUCCUGGCGAUACCGGCUUCAAGGCUUUCAAAACGAAGUAUGCCACAGUUGGUGUUGGAAUUUGUUGGGAUCAAUGGUUCCCAGAGUGUGCGAGGGCUAUGGUGCUUCAGGGGGCUGAAAUUUUGUUCUAUCCAACUGCAAUUGGUUCUGAGCCCCAGGAUAAUAACCUGGACUCCCGAGAACACUGGAAGCGUGUGAUGCAAGGGCAUGCUGGUGCUAACUUGGUUCCGCUUGUUGCUUCUAAUCGGAUAGGAAGGGAAACAGUUGAGACCGAGCAUGGCAAAAGCACCAUAACAUUCUAUGGGAAUUCAUUCAUAGCUGGACCAACUGGGGAAAUUGUGAAGCUUGCAAAUGACAAAGAUGAAGAAGUGUUGGUGGCAGAGUUCGACUUGGAAGAAAUAAAAUCUACCAGGCAUGGUUGGGGGAUCUUUAGGGAUAGGCGUCCCGAUCUAUAUAAAGUGCUCCUGACAUUGGAUGGCGAGAAAUCAUGAGAAGGUCCAUUUUUGUGGAGUCAUCUGUCCUUGAAAGGUACAUGAGCUCCACAACGUUGGGAAGAUACACGGCUGCCAGUGCAUCAAUCAUGGUAGAUCUCCCUUCUUCCCUUCUCGAUCAGGAAUACUUUGCCUAUGUACACGGCUUCUUUUAUUUGCGGUUUAGUGAUUUCUCGCAAAUUUCCAAUUCCACAAUAAAAUGUAACGUUGGUUGUCGUUCUGUCAAACAAAUGAGAAUAUAACAGGUAUUAAAAACAUUCUCUUUUACAAACGGCGUUUCUUGAAACAUUUGGACUUGAAAGAGUUUCUAUAAGCACUUGUUGUGUGCUACUGCUAGAUUUUUUUUUUAUUAUUAUUGGAUUCAAGAAGAGGGUUAUAAUUAA